GCGGCGGCGUGGACGUCAUCGGCGGUCCAUGGAGCUGGAAAACCUCGUGGCCAACUCGCUGCUGCUGAGAGCGCGUCAAGGAGGAUAUGGCAAAAAAAGUGGUCGCAGUAAAAGAUGGAGGGAGAUGCUGAAGCUGCCCCCCGAUAGCCAGUGCAGCGAGCUUAGACAUUCCAUCGAAAAGGAUUAUAGCAGUCUUUGUGACAAGCAGCCCAUAGGAAGACUUCUCUUCAGGCAAUUCUGUGACACAAAGGAUGACCUGAAGAGGUGCAUUGAGUUCCUGGAUGCAGCGGCCGACUAUGAAGUGGCCACUGAUGAAGACCGAAGAGCUUGUGGACAGCUGGUCCUAGACACAUUCUUCAGUAAUAAGACUUCGGCGGUUCCUUUACCAGAAGUGCCUCCACGUGUGCUGAGAGAAUGUCGACUGAGGCUGGAGGAGGAGGACCCUCCCAAAGAAGCCUUUGCAGUUUGCACGAGAGCUGUCCAUAGCUACUUAAGUGGAGAACCAUUUGAAGACUACCAAGAAAGCCCAUAUUUUGCUCGAUUUUUACAGUGGAAAUGGCUGGAAAGGCAACCAGUAACAAAGAAAACAUUCAGACAUUACAGAGUUCUAGGAAAAGGCGGAUUUGGAGAGGUUUAUGCCUGUCAAGUGAGAGCUACAGGGAAAAUGUAUGCCUGCAAAAAGCUAGAAAAAAAGAGAAUAAAGAGGAGGAAAGGUGAAGCUAUGGCUCUAAAUGAGAAACGACUCCUAGAAAAAGUGCACAGUAGAUUUGUAGUGAGUUUAUGCUACACCUACGAAACCAGGGACGCGCUGUGCUUGGUGCUGACUAUCAUGAACGGGGGGGACUUGAAGUUCCACAUCCACAGCCUGGGAAGCCCCGGCCUGGACGAGCAGAGAGCUGUGUUCUACGCUGCCGAGCUGUGCUGCGGCCUGGAGGACCUGCAGAGGGAGCGGAUCGUGUACAGAGACUUAAAGCCUGAGAAUAUUCUCCUCGAUGAUCAUGAGAUCACUCGCCAACUAAGCGGAGAUCUGCCGGGUUCCAUAGUUUCUCUGCCUGCAGACAUACCUGUAGGCUCUGCUGGACAUAUCCGGAUUUCAGAUCUUGGUUUGGCCAUGGAGAUCCCAGAAGGGGGGACGAUCCGAGGAAGAGUUGGAACAGUUGGCUACAUGGCUCCUGAAGUGAUCAAUAAUGAAAACUAUACAUUUAGCCCUGACUGGUGGGGACUCGGCUGUCUGAUAUAUGAAAUGAUUCAGGGACAUUCUCCGUUCAGAAAAUUCAAAGAGAAAAUCAGACGGGAGCAGGUGGAGCGGCGAGUGAAGGAAGACUCUGAGGACUAUUCUGGGAAGUUUUCCGAGGACGCCGAGUCCAUCUGCAGGAUGCUUCUCACCAAGAACCCCAAGCAGCGCCUGGGCUGCCAGGGCGAUGGGGCUGCUGGGGUGAAGCGACAUCCUGUGUUCAAAGACAUUAACUUCAGGAGGCUUGAGGCGAACAUGCUGGAGCCCCCUUUCCGCCCUGAUCCUCAUGCGGUUUAUUGUAAGGACGUCUUGGACAUCAAGCAGUUCUCUGCGGUGAAAGGAGUCUCCCUGGGGCCUGCAGACGACACCUUCUACAGCCAGUUUGUCACGGGGUGUGUCUCCAUCCCCUGGCAGAACGAGAUGAUUGAAUCUGGGUGUUUCAAUGACAUCAACGAAAGUGUGAGUGAGGAAAGUGUGGCCUUAGAUCUAGAAGACAAAACAUGGCAACCAGUUCGCAAACCAAAGCGAGGCUGCUUCUGUAGACUCCUUGGAAGAGGGGGCUGCAUCGGCACUGGAGCCAGCGAGAAGGAAGAGCUGCCCCGCCCACCCUCCACCAGCGCCCAGAAGCAUGCGGCUCCGUGCCUCGUUCUGUCUGAGCGGCAAUAAACAGUGACACACCUUAAAACGUG